CUGACAUGGUGUGAGCCACUCAGGAAAAGGUGAAUGUGAGUGGGAACCAGAGGAGAUGCAGGCUGCCCGUGACUUACUGUAACUCCUGUAAGGGGAGGACCAGGCGGAGUGGGAGGGAGGUGUUUGUAAUCAAUUGGGAGGGUUGGAGAAGAACCGAACCCGGGACACUGACACAAGGAAGGAGAGCGGGGAUCUCUCAGAGAGCAGGAGGUGAGGCUGCUGUCAGCGCUGGCUGCACACUGCCUCUGUACAUCUGACGCACAGCCUGCCCCCUUGCGUGCGCUGAGCUCUGUGCCCACUCUUUCCCGCAGCGCUCUGCUCCACCCGGAUCCUCUCACCCGAAAACUUGCCAAUGUUAUGGAUCUGAAAGUCUCCUCUAAACUUGUCAGCUCGCAGCCCCUGACACUUCACUCCCGACACAUGUCACCCGCCCUCAGGCUGAACUUUCCUCUGAUCCCCUAAACCAGCUCCCUGAUCCUCUCUGUGCCCAGCCGAUCUGACCGCCUCCUCCUCCAGGCUGCCCCCUGGCAUGAGCUGAAGGCGGAUACCCCCCUGUCCCACUAGGGAUCAUGGCCGUGGGGGCACAGCCCCAAACAGACAAUGGAAGAUUGCCCUCCUUAUCACUGGCCCCAAUGUCUCGCCAGGACAGCGGCAUGGAGUUUGUGGCUCUUACCGCGGUGCAGACUGAUAGCGGCAGCCCAAGGCGUCUGGGUCUGCUGGGGACCCCCCUCCCGGGGCCACCUCGGUCCUCAGCCUCCCAUAAGAAAUAUAGACGGCUUCAGAACUAUCUGUACAACGUGCUGGAGAGACCCCGAGGAUGGGCCUUCAUAUACCAUGUCUUCAUAUUCUUCCUUGUAUUCAGCUGUCUGGUGCUCUCAGUCUUCUCGACAAUCCCUGAAUAUCAUCACUUAGCCAACAAAGGUCUCUUCAUACUGGAAUUUGUAAUGAUCGUGGUGUUCGGCAUGGAGUACGUAAUCCGAAUCUGGUCUGCUGGAUGUUGCUGCCGGUACAGAGGCUGGAAGGGGCGACUAAGAUUUGCCAGGAAACCUUUCUGUGUAAUUGAUUUCAUUGUUCUGGUGGCUUCUCUGGCCGUCAUUGCCGCUGGCACUCAGGGUAAUAUCUUUGCAACCUCGGCUCUGCGUAGUAUGCGAUUCUUGCAGAUCCUUCGAAUGGUGCGCAUGGAUCGGAGAGGAGGCACCUGGAAGCUGCUGGGAUCCGUGGUGUACGCACACAGCAAGGAGCUGAUUACUGCCUGGUACAUUGGUUUCCUAGUGCUAAUCUUUGCCUCUUUCCUGGUGUACCUGGCCGAGAAAGAUGCCAACAAGGAAUUCUCCACAUACGCAGAUUCUCUUUGGUGGGGCACGAUAACCUUGACAACUAUUGGUUAUGGUGACAAGACUCCUCGCACAUGGCUUGGCAGGGUUUUGGCCGCUGGAUUUGCACUUCUGGGCAUCUCUUUCUUUGCACUGCCUGCAGGAAUCCUGGGAUCCGGGUUUGCCUUAAAAGUUCAGGAGCAGCAUCGUCAGAAGCAUUUUGAAAAACGACGGACACCAGCAGCCAACCUUAUCCAGGCUGCAUGGCGUUUGUACUCCACUGAUGUGAGCCGUUCCUACCUCACAGCAACAUGGUAUUAUUAUGACAGUAUCCUGCCUUCCUUCAGAGAGCUGCUCCUUUUGUUUGAUACGUGGCAUCGAACCCGCAGCCGAAAUGGAGGGUUUAGGCUCUAUCAGGGGUCUCCUCGUUAUCACCCAGUCCCUUCUGCACUGAAAUCUGCAGCACCCCCUUACUAUGCAGGGGAAAGUAGUAAACGGAGCUUCUUUCGUCUGUAUGCUGGCUGGAGGCCCAGUAAUAAGGUAGCUCUAAAGGAUCGUAUGAGGGGGGCUGGUGCUCCAAAACAGAGUACCCGAACUAAACAGUACCUGGCCCCCCCAGAGCGAGUAUCCCCAGGAUCAGACCCUACGGCAGAGUCUCCCACCACUACCAAGGUGCAGAAAAGUUGGAGCUUUAAUGACCGGACAAGGUUCCGUGCAUCUUUGAGACUUAAAUCUAAACCACAGCCAGAAGAGGGCGCUGGUGAUGACAGUAACGAUGAGAAGAGAUUUCAGAGUGACCUCACCAUGGAAGAUGUAAUGCCAACUGUGAAAACCUUGAUCAGAGCCUUCAGAAUCCUCAAAUUCCUUGUAGCCAAAAGAAAGUUCAAAGAAACUCUCCGUCCUUACGAUGUGAAGGAUGUGAUUGAGCAGUACUCUGCUGGACACUUGGACAUGCUUGGACGGAUAAAGAGCCUACAGUGCCGGGUUGAUCAGAUCAUUGGCCGAGGACCAAUCCCUGUGGAGAAGAAGCCCAGAGACAAAGGGGACAAGCCCCCAACAGGAGGAAUGGAAAUUGAAGCUGCUGAUGAGAUGAGCAUGAUGGGCAGAGUGGUAAAAGUUGAGAGACAGGUGCAGUCUAUCGAAGAGAAGCUUGAUGUUUUAUUGGGAUUCUACUCUCAGUGUUUACGGAAGGGUCCUGUCAGCUCAUUUACACUGAGUUCUCUGCAGAUGCCACUGAUAGAUCAGGAUAUGACAUCUGAUUACCAGAGCCCAGUGGAUCAGGAGGGCAUCUCAGUGUCAGCACAGACACUCAAUACCUCCUGCUCAGCCAGCACCAAUGUGGAGUGAGAAAAUAUGGGGUGUACCCCCUGGUUAUUAUUUUGCUCCAAGGGUGGGAGACAAGUAUGUGCAUUACCUCAAGGAACUACAAAUAAUCUGUUUUAGUGAGCACUUAAGAGACUUUGCUGGCCAGUUUGGUUCUGCGUCUUCCACCCUACUGCAACAGAUUUAAAAUAAAUUAUUAUUAUGCAAUUAUACAGAAGGUCCUUUGGAAAACUGACUUUGAGCCCUUAUUAUGCAGAGACAUGGAUACGACUGAUAAGCCAUAUGUACUUUAAAGAACAAACAUUGUAUCUUCAGUCUCUAUUAUUGCCACAAAAUAAUUUCUUUCAUGUUGCAAGAUACUGUGGCCAAGAACAGCAAUUCGUGUUGUUUCAAUGUCUGUGGUGGGUGACAUCUUUAACACACCCACGUUCAAGAAAGUGCCUCAAAGACCUUCAUCUACAUAUGCUGCUCACGUCCAUCCUUCAUCUCGUUGAAUAUGUGUGCAGCAGGAGGCUUGGUGCACAGGAAACUUAUUGAUUGACAGCCUCUAUGUAGGUUGGGUUCUCUUGCCCAGUCCAAACUGAGGACUUUCAAAGAGACCUCAAAAUGACACAACUUCAUCUCUGGAGCAGGAGGAGAAACAACUUCUUGUUAGAACAAAAAACUUCACCUCUGGGGUGGAAGUGAAUGGGACAAAUGGUUUAUACUUAUCUAUGAGAGAUAAAUGGACACAUUUCUAUGUCUCAACAGCUUGAAGUAAGGGCGUAUGUUUGUUUCUAGAGAUAUGUGUGUUAGUGAUGAAUGGUUUUGUGUGUGUGCGUUUUUGUGUUCACAUUUGCAACGGUAAAUAUUUGUCUAUUUUUAAAACGAGCUGUAUAUGUAUACAUUUGAAGAGUAUAAAAGGCACAGACACUUAAGGAAAACGGUUGUACUACAUCAAUUCACAGGCAUUUAAAUGCUCUGUUGGAUGUCUGAUAAGCAGACAGACAUUGUAUGAGCCUAACCUAUAAGUAAUGAGUGUCUACUGCACCUUUAGUGGUGUAUUUAAGAGUUUAGUCUGGUUAACUGAUUGGUUUGACUAGAUAUAAUUUAAGUUUCACUAUUUACAGACAAUACAAGCCAGUAUAAUAAAAGGUUUUCAGGCAGGAAAAGUAGGAAGAAGUGAGGUGGUGUUGUGUUGCCAGACUUAUUUGCAGUUUUAUUUACAAGCUGAAUGACAGCUUAGUCAACUCAGCCCUAACAGAUAUGGUGUUUUUACAAAUGCAUAGUCUUCAAUGAACUAAUGUGACAACAUACAAGCAAGUCUUUUGCACGUGAUGCAAAUGUUAAAUAAAAUAUUAACAUCAUUUGCACAUCAAUGAGCUUGCUCACAAAACAGUCAGUUAACUUUCAGGUACAGAGCAGCCGUUCAGUUUCUCUUAAACAGCUGUUUCUAACGAUACUUUUUAUUAUAAGCUAAUUUUCUGUAGAUGGGUGGUAGAAGCACAAUUUACAUAAGUUGAAUUGCAGUGAAAAUGAAUGAGCCCAAUAUGGCAUAAUUACCAACAUCCAAACAACCGUUUGUCUACCAUUUAGGUAAUCUCUGCCAAACAGAAGCUGAAAUGCAGGUUUUAGCACCCAUAGAUUGACUGCCAACCCCAUUUUCCAAGCUUGCUCUGCAUAGGUAUUUUGCAAUUAACUUGGUUGCUAAUUUUUACUUAAUAUGGCAGCAGUUAGCAAAUUUGAUGAGUGGCUGUUACACUUUGCACGUACUGAAAAUGCUAGGUUCCGUUGAGUAUCCAUGUUCCUCCCCUGUUGAUUGAGUUUACACUUAACGCAUAACGGGGAAGAAGUGUCACUAUGCAGUUAGUGCUAAUACAACAUUUCAAUCAAAACAGGACACUUUGAUUAAAAGCCACCAUGGGUAUAAAAUAUCUGUGUAGGAUCUAUAUGCACACCUAUUGUCUCAAAAAGGUGACGUAAGCAGUAGAAUUAUAUAUCACAGUUAUGACAAUCUGCUCAUUUGCAACAUUUUUCACUAGAAUAUCAGAGCCUUACGACUCGUGGCUAGUGCUGGCAACAGGAUCUUUAUAAUAAUAAUCUACAACCCUCCCCACAUUGUUUAGGAUGCUCUCAUAAAACAGUCUUUCACUACAAUAUCCAUGGAUGGGAACAGCCAUGCUUUGUUUUCAAAUACACCACUAGGGGGAGUUCAACCGCACUUCUGUAAUUGGCAACUAUGUGUUUCCUAUACUGUGUAUUAUUUACUAUGUCAUAAUGAAUGUCCUAUGUAUUAUUGUUAGAACAAUGUUUUGUUAUAACCCUGUGUGUAUUUAUCUAUAUGCAAGCACACACAUUCAUUAAUAGUGAAUUCUACAUGUAUGAAAUUGUUGAGAUCCUGUGUGUGUCUGUGUUUGCAUGUUUGUGUAUUAGCAGCUGUAUUUGCAGAGAAUGACGUGUGAUAGGAUUUAGAACAUAAAACACUGCUCUGUAUGUCUCUCAAUAGAGGAGUGAGUGCUGCCCUGAAUAAUCAAUUAUAUAUUUGCACAGCUGUCUUUUUAGGAGAAGCAAUAUUUAAAUAUAUGCAAAGCAUCGGGAUUCCCUGCAUUAUUCCGUCUUCCAUCCUGUUCCUGAAUACCACCAUACACGCACAUAGCAUGAUAUACCCACCCAUCCAAUGUCCUAAGCAUGUUGCUGCUGGGUAAGCCAAAAAUGCCUUGGGGGACUAACCCCUGUUUAAAAAAAAAAAAAAGAAGCAUUUUAACUAUAGCCGUGGCUGCUAUCUACACGCACACCACCCUGCAAUGGCAAGCUUGCUCUAAUGCCUUCUGUUAAAAGAUAGAAAUCUGAUCCUUCAGUUCAUUAUUAAAUACAAAACAAUUUCAACAACAAUAAAAAACAGGUUCAUACAGUACUUCAGCUUGUAUUCGCUGAACUAAGGACGCAGUGCUACGUCUAUACAAUGCCAGCAACCUCUGUGAUAAGUCAACCAGAGUAAUUUAUUUGUCUUAACAAAAAUGUCAGAGUUCUAUUUUUUUUUUCUCUACACUAAAUAGUGAAUUGAAAAUGGCGAAUAUUUCCAAAGCAGCUAUUUUUGUCUCAGUUUUGCACGUUGUUGAUUAGAGAAUAAAGCCUACAGGUAUAAUAAAAAAUCUACAUUUCUGAUAUCACUAUUUAGUAAGACCCCCAAGAUGUUUGCUUUCAUUACAACAUGUAUAUAUAUAUACAUACACACACACACACCACAUAUUGACAACAUACCUGUAAACAUUGGCGCUCUGCCUGCUCAAAGACCUUUGGAUUUAUGUGAAACUGGAAGUAGUGGACAAAACUACAGGCUACUGCCUGCAAAGAGAGAGUCAUGCUCUGCAAGACCCAAUAGUAAGCUUCAAAGCUUACAUCUAUAGAAAUGCGGCAGGUUACCAGGUAUGCAGAAUGUAGACAGUGUUAUGCUGUAUGAAUUAAUGAUGUCGGGUUUUCUUGUUAAACACAGCUAGUGUGUUAAAUUAGUUUAUGCCAGCUAUCAACAUGGUGCCAGGUUGACAGAACAGGUCCAUUGCUCUAAUAAUGGUUAUAUCUAUGCACUGUAUACUGAAACUCUUCCUGGUAGCUGAACUCAUGUUCCACUGUCACAUGUAAAACUAAUGUAUAGAGCAGGAGUAGGCAACCUCUGGCACUCCAGAUCUUGUGGAGUACUUCUCCUAUGAUGCUUUGCCAGUUUUAUGGCUGUAAAAGCCUUAUGGGUGAUGUAGCCCUCAACAUUUGGAGUGCCAAAGGUUACCUACUCCUGGGAUAGAGUAAGGGGUAUGUAGUCAGCCUUAAAAAGGUCAAUACAGACAGAAUAGUACACAGGACGUAUAGUGCCAGGUCCACCUAAUUCUGCCACACCUCUGUCACUUGCCAUGAAAGGUCCUCUCUGGUUGGUGCCCCCUCCCUCAUGGUGCUGGGAUCAUAGCAGGACCCUGCACUCCCUCAUGAAUGCUAUGCAUGCACUGGCAUGGAGUUAGGAUCUGCAUCCGAUAUAGGAGGCUUCCCUCAAAUACAGGUAUGUCCCUCUUCUCUGCCAUUUUGCAGUGGAGUGAUGAAACACUGUUAUGGUGGAGGAGCAUUAGUAGUUAGGAGGGGUUAGGCGAAUGCUUUGAGCUAAUGAAUCUGGGAAUAGUUGCGUUUGCAAUAGAACAGUUCUGUACCUCACUUGAUUAAUUUAUUGAACUACUGGUUUCAUUAAAGUUUUACUUAAAAAUCUG